UACAAAGUCAAGUUUGAAUAGUCAAAUUGAGCUCCUUCUCUCUAGACUCUCUUUCUAUAUUUAUCUCUCUUUGUAAAUUAACUCCGUCGGCGACGCCGGCAAGUCUACCGUAAGAUUUCUUCAGGAGCUAUUCGUCUGAAGGAUGGGAGCCGACAUCGCAGAAAACGAGUUGAAGAAAUUGGAAUACCUCUCGCUAAUUUCUAAGGUAUGUUCUGAGUUGGAGGCACAUUUAGGGUUUGGUGAUAAGGUUCUAGCUGAAUUUAUAACUGAGCUUGGUAGAAAUUGCUUAACAGUAGAUGAAUUUGAUGACAAAUUGAAAGAAAGUGGUGCUGAAAUGCCCGAUUAUUUCGUAAAAACAUUGCUCACUAUAAUCCAUGCUAUUUUGCCUCCUAGUGCCAAGUCCAAGUUGGAGAAGGAGUUGAACAAGGAUGGCAAUGAUUCCGAGUUUUCAGCUCUGAAAAUCAGAGAUAAUAGGGAUAGGGUUAAGGAAUUGGAGAAGGAGAUUGAGUUGGAGGCUAAUAGUAAGAGGAGAGAUGGGGAGGGAGAAGAACGGGAUAGGAGGCGAGAGAGGGAUAGAGAUUAUAGAAGUGAAAGGGGUAGAGACAGGGAUAGGGAUAGGGGUAGGGAUCGAGGUAGAGAUGAUGGUAGAGCUGAACGUAGGGCUUCAGAAAGGCGCAGAGACAGGGAUGGAGAUGGAGAUGUAUAUGCAAAGGGUAGGAGAGAUGAUUAUGAGCAAGACGGGGAUGAUGAUCGGAGGGAUAGGAGAAAAUCGAGGCAUCAUGUGGAUGAGCCAGAGUUGUAUGCAGUAUAUAAGGGGAGGGUAUCAAGGGUGAUGGAUUCUGGUUGUUUUGUUCAGCUGAAUGAAUUUAGAGGGAAAGAAGGCUUGGUGCAUGUUUCACAACUUGCUACUAGAAGGGUUAGUAAUGCCAAAGAUUUAGUAAAACGGGACCAGGAAGUUUUUGUGAAGGUUAUCUCUAUUAGUGGGCAGAAGCUGAGUUUGUCAAUGAGAGAUGUUGAUCAGAAUACAGGAAAGGAUCUGCUUCCAUUGAAGAAGAGCUCCGGCGAUGGUGGAUUGACAACAAAUCCUUCAGGUAUGAAUAAUGAGGGAUCUAAGACCAGGAUUGGCCUGUCAGGAAUCAGGAUUACGGAGCAAGAGGAUGUAGUUCCAUCACGUAGACCUGUGAAGAGGAUGAGUUCACCUGAAAGGUGGGAAGCGAAACAACUUAUUGCUGCAGGUGUCCUGGGGGUCCAGGAACAUCCCAUGUUUGAUGAAGAAGGGGAUGGAAUGCUAUAUCAGGAAGAAGGUGGUGUUGAUGAAGAGCUUGAGGUUGAAUUGAAUGAAGAUGAACCCCCUUUCUUGCAAGGGCAGAGUCGUUAUUCAGUUGAUAUGUCUCCUGUCAAAAUUUUUAAAAAUCCUGAAGGAUCAUUGAGUCGUGCUGCUGCACUACAAUCAGCUUUGAUAAAGGAGAGAAGGGAAGUAAGGGAGCAGCAACAGAGAACGAUGCUUGAUUCUAUCCCAAAGGAUCUCAACAGACCAUGGGAAGACCCAAUGCCAGAGACAGGUGAGAGGCAUUUGGCACAGGAGCUGAGGGGUGUUGGUUUGUCUGCCUAUGACAUGCCAGAAUGGAAGAAAGAUGCUUAUGGUAAAGCCGUGACCUUUGGCCAGAGGUCUAAGCUAUCCCUCCAGGAGCAGAGGCAGAGUCUUCCUUACAAAUUGAAGAAAGAACUGGUUCAGGCUGUCCAUGAUAACCAGGUCCUGGUCGUCAUUGGUGAGACAGGUUCUGGCAAGACAACACAGGUGACACAGUAUCUAGCCGAGGCAGGGUAUACAACGAGGGGAAAAAUUGGCUGUACUCAACCUCGUCGAGUGGCUGCGACAUCAGUCGCUAAGAGAGUUGCUGAGGAGUUUGGUUGUCGAUUAGGUGAAGAGGUUGGUUAUGCUAUUCGUUUUGAAGAUUGUACUGGGCCAGAAACUGUUAUCAAAUAUAUGACUGAUGGUAUGCUUUGGAGGGAGAUCCUGAUUGAUGAUAAUUUGUCCCAGUAUUCAGUCAUAAUGCUUGAUGAAGCACAUGAAAGAACGAUUAACACUGAUGUUCUCUUUGGUUUGCUUAAGCAGCUUAUGAAGAGAAGACCUGACCUUCGUCUAAUUGUCACGUCUGCAACUUUGGAUGCAGAGAAAUUUUCUGGUUAUUUCUUUGACUGCAACAUCUUUACAAUCCCAGGAAGAACUUUUCCAGUUGAGAUACUCUACACAAAGCAGCCAGAAAGUGAUUACCUUGAUGCGUCUUUAAUUACUGUCAUGCAGAUCCACUUGACAGAACCUGAAGGUGAUAUCCUCCUCUUCUUGACUGGUCAAGAGGAGAUUGAUUAUGCUUGCCAGUGUCUCUAUGAGAGGAUGAAAGGACUAGGUAAAAAUGUUCCUGAACUGAUCAUACUACCUGUCUAUAGUGCCUUGCCCAGUGAAAUGCAGUCCAGAAUUUUUGAUCCUGCCCCUCCUGGGAAAAGAAAAGUUGUUGUUGCUACAAAUAUUGCUGAAGCUUCUUUGACAAUUGACGGUAUAUAUUAUGUUAUUGAUCCUGGAUUUGCAAAGCAAAAUGUCUACAAUCCAAAACAGGGUCUUGAUUCACUUGUUAUUACCCCAAUUUCACAAGCAUCAGCAAAGCAACGAGCAGGGCGUGCUGGACGAACUGGACCUGGGAAGUGCUACCGUCUGUAUACUGAGAGUGCAUUCCACAGUGAAAUGUCUCCUACUGCAGUUCCAGAAAUCCAGAGGAUAAAUCUUGGGAACACCGUUAUUAUGAUGAAAGCAAUGGGUAUUAAUGAUCUUUUGUCAUUUGAUUUCAUGGACCCACCUACCCCUCAGGCUCUCAUAUCUGCCAUGGAGCAACUUUACACUCUUGGAGCACUGGAUGAAGAGGGGCUUCUGACGAAACUGGGAAGAAAAAUGGCAGAAUUUCCAUUAGAUCCUCCUUUGUCCAAGAUGCUUCUUGCUAGUGUGGACUUCGGCUGUAGUGAUGAGAUCUUGACCAUCAUUGCUAUGAUUCAAACUGGAAACGUCUUUUACCGACCAAGGGAAAAACAAGCUCAGGCCGAUCAGAAGAAGGCGAAAUUUUUUCAGCCUGAGGGUGAUCAUCUUACCUUGCUUGCUGUUUAUGAGGCUUGGAAAGCGAAAAACUUUUCCGGUCCAUGGUGUUUUGAAAAUUUUGUCCAGUCACGAUCACUUAGGAGGGCACAGGAUGUCAGAAAACAGUUGCUCUCCAUCAUGGACAAGUAUAAAUUGGAUGUUGUGAGUGCCGGAAAGAACUUCGCAAAGAUCCAGAAGGCUAUUGGAGCAGGUUUCUUUUUUCAUGCUGCUAGAAAGGAUCCUCAAGAGGGUUAUAGAACUUUAGUUGAGAACCAGCCAGUUUACAUUCAUCCUAGCAGUGCUCUUUUCCAAAGACAGCCGGACUGGGUUAUUUAUCACGAGCUUGUUAUGACAACAAAGGAGUACAUGCGCGAGGUGACCGUGGUAGAUCCUAAAUGGCUUGUUGAGUUGGCACCAAGAUUCUUCAAGACGGCUGACCCAACAAAAUUAACGAAGCGCAAGAGACAGGAACGUAUUGAACCUCUUUAUGAUAGAUAUAACGAGCCAAACUCAUGGCGAUUGAGUAAACGCCGAGCGUGAUAUCCUUUUUUUUUGUUUUUUAUGUUCUGUGUUGGUUUAAUGAAAUACCCACUGUUUGUUUAUGUAAAAGUGACAUAUAUAUGGUCAAUCUAAAACAUAACUUUUGACACUAGGAGCACUUUUUUCAUAUAAGCCUUUUCCCCACUUGACCUAUUACAGUUUUCACUGAAGUGGACUCAAAUCUGUUGUAUGCUUUUUGCUAGGGAAAUAAUCUCUGGUAUUGAACUUCAAUUUGUUUU